UUUGGAGAGUUAUUUAGAAGCAGUGAAUCAACUGAAAAAAAUUGUUCGGUUUUUCAGCACUAAUAAAAACCUUAAGAGCAGCAUUGGAGUGAUUACCCAUUCUACAACUUUGCUUCAAAAGGCUUCGUUAAUGCUCGAGGAAGAGUUCAGGCAGCUAUUACAUGCUUGUUCAAAGAGUGAUUACUCAUUCUACAACUUGUUCAAAGAGUGAUCUAUUUAUGUUUAAUCAUAGCAUUCAGAAAAGUUAAAGAGAUGUCUGGAUUUUCAACAGAUCAGGUGUUCAAGUCUCGUGAAGAGUUGAUGGAAUGGGUUAGAAACACCGGACGUAGUCUUGGUUACGCUAUUGUGACUAAAAGAUCGAAAGCUAAAAAUGGCUACGUGUCUAAAGUUGUACUUAUGUGUGAUCGUGGUGGUGUGUAUAAAUCAGAUAAAGAUUCAAGUAGAGAGACCGGCACUAGAAAGAUAAAUUGCCCGUUUGAAAUGGUAGCGAAAUUUUCAAAAAAGAAUGGUUCUUGGACGUUAAAAGUAAAUCCUGGUGAGCAUAAUCAUCCACCCGGAGAAUAUAUGGAGGGACACCCAAUCCUCAAACGAUUGACACCUAAUGAACACCAAUUGGUGGCAGAGUUGACGGGGAAGGGUGUGUUCCCAAAAGAUAUUUUAGGUGUUAUCAAGGAGCGUGAUGAAAAUAAUGUCUCUACAAUUAAAAACAUAUAUAACGCACGUGAUAAAAUUCGAGCAACGGAUCAUAAAGGGAAAUCUUUGAUGGAGGUGCUAAUGUCUCAUUUAAAUGAUAAAGGGUAUACUUUUGAAAUUUCUACCAAUAGAGUUUCAAACAUGUUGGAAGACUUAUUCUUUGUUCCUAAAAUCUCAUACAAGUACUUCCUUGAUUUUCCACAUGUGUUGCUUAUGGAUGUCACAUACAAUACGAACAAGUAUAAAUUGCCUUUUCUUGAAAUUGUUGGUGUAACUUCUACCAACAAGACAAUCUCCAUAGCUUUUGCAGUUAUGCGUAAAGAAACAGAGGAGAAAUAUCUUUGGGCAUUAAACUGUUUAAAAUCAACUCUAGAUGAGAGGAGCAUGCAACAACUACGUGUUAUAGUUACGGACAGGGAGUUAGCUCUGAUGAAUGCAUGCGAGAAAGUUUUUCCGAAUGCUACCCGAUUACUUUGUAGGUGGCACGUUUCUCAAAGUAUAUUUAGAAACUGCAAAUCAUUUUUCGCCACGGAUCAUGAUUGGAAAAUCUUCAAUACAAUGUGGAAUGCACUCGUUGGAUCUCAAACGUGGACAUCAUUCCUCCAAAAUUACAAGCAACUUCAGUCAAUGUUAAUACAUCAUCAAGGUAUGUAUUAUUACUAUAAUUUUGUUAGUAUUAUUGUUACCAUCGUUAUCAUCAUUAUUAUCUUUGCAGAUGUUUUGGAUUACUUGAAUAGUACUUGGUUAAACAAGUAUAAAGAAAUGUUCGUGUCCGUAUGGACUAACGAAUGCUUACAUUUCGGAAAUCAGACAACUAACAGAGCUGAAAGCCAACAUGCCAAGCUAAAAAAAUUCUUGAAUUCAGCAAAUUGUACCUUAGAUAAGAUUGUUCGUCACAUUGAUGAAGUAGUGAACUCGCAAUAUACAAUUGUUAAAGAUAGCUUCGAAAAAAGUAGAACUGUUCUAAUGCAUAAACACAACCUACCAAUGUUGAAGCUAUUACAUGGCUCUGUUUCUCAUGAAGCACUUGAUAUAAUAAUAGCAGAGCGUCAUUUAAAGCGUUCACAUUGUCGUUGUCAAGUUCGUAAGUGUUAUGGAUUACCAUGUGCUUGUGAAAUCUCAAAGUAUAAGAAAGCAGGUCAAUCUAUUCCUUUAGAUUCGGUCGAUGAAUUUUGGAGGAAACUCGAGUUACCAGUAUAUUGUGAGGAUAUUACUUGUGACGUCGAGUUGGAAAGUUUUAAACAAGCCUUCGAUAAUCGAUCCAUGCCUGGAAAGAAAAGUUUACUACAAAAGUUAAAAGCAUUAACCAAUCCAAGUAUACCUUUUCUUGAAGAGCCUGAUGUUAAAAAAAAUACUCGUGGAUGA